AGUCUGAAGAUCUGGUCACACACGGUUCUUUCGAAUUCGGUCCCAAUCAUGAUGGUAUCCUGACAGCAGUCAGUCGCACCGCUGGCGUUUGCCAAAAACCUCCUCUCACUAAUCGUGGGAGUCGGGGACCUAUUUAACAGCAUUUCCCUCGCAGACCAGUGAGAGUCCAAUCCUCCCCUCCUCCAUGUCAGCAUCUCCUCCAGGACCCUCUUAUAUCCCCGUACCAGAUCAAGAUCAUGAUUCUAACAACCCUCAUGUUCAUGACCCCUCUGCUAUCUCAGACGACAACCUCGAACGUAUAAUACAGUCAGAGGAUGAAUGGCAGCACGACCCAGUCAACCCUAGGAAUUGGUCUCCCGCAAAAAAAUGGAGAACCACUGCAAUCGUUACGUUCUACACUUUUGUCAUUUCGUUCGCAAGUUCUACUAUGGCACGUGGUCUGCCAGAAGUAGCCCAUGAAUUCUAUAUGAUGAAUCCAGACGUCCUUAAAGCGUUGUUUUACCAUGACAGCAUCUUCUAUCUCUCAUUCGCCAUCGGCCCUUUAUUUGCCGCGCCUUUGUCUGAAGCAUAUGGUCGUUUGAAGGUGCUCCACUGGGCGAACCUCUUCUUUGUCGUGUUUAAUCUUGACUACACUCUCUUACAUAACCGUAGUAGUCCUGCAUCUUUCGUCCUUCGGUUUCUAGCUGGUUUCGUGGGGAGUAUACCCGUAACAUGCGGCGGAGCCAUCGUUAGCGACCUCUUCUCCGAACGCGACCGUGCCUCCCCUAUGGCACAGUACUUUGUAGGACACCUAAUAGGUCCCGUGGUCGCCCACGUCAUGACAGGCUUCAUUAAUAAGCCAGUCGUUUUCGAUGUCCUCGUCGGGAUCUGUAGUAUUGUUACCCCAAUACUUGGCAUUCUCAUGAAAGAAUCUUAUGCGCCAAUUAUUCGGCUUCGCCGUGAUAAAAAUUCCCUGGAUCCCGAAAAGGCAGCUACGAUACACCCCGCCUUCACCAUGAACAAAUGGGCUUACUUGUGGAUCAACCUCAAACGACCCUUCAUGAUUAUAACUCGCAGUUUAAUAUGUUUAAUCCUCAGUUUAUACAUGGUUUUGAUAUACGGCAUCUACUAUUUAAUGUUUACCACCAGUUUUCCCUACCGCUUUUUCGACUUGUAUCACUCGCGAGUCCUAGUCAGCAUCGGAAUUGGCGUUGGGUUCCUAUCUGCCACUAUAUUUGGCGCGAGAAUCUGCGACAAGACAUACUUACGCCUUGCUGCGAAGAAUAGAGGAAAGGGUAAGCCAGAGAUGCGCGUGCCCGCUGUGAUACUCGGCUCGUUGAUCAUCUCCGUGGGACUACUUUGGUAUGUAUGGUCUGCCCGAGCCAAGAUGCUUUUCAUGGCGCUCGUCGGCGCCGCUAUCUUUGCGUUCGGCAUGAUGACAGCUUUACUCGCCAUUCAACUAUACCUCGUAGAUACAUUCACAUGUGCUGCCAGCGCUAUCGCAGCUACUUCUAUACUCCGCUCACUCCUCGGGUUCGCAUUUCCUUUCUUUGGAAAGCAGAUGUUCGCUACAGUUGGUUAUGAAAGAGGUGAUUCACUUCUUGUAGGUCUUGCCAUCGUCAUCGGUAUACUCUUCCCUGUUUGGAUAUAUUAUGCUGGUGAACGUAUGCGUGCUAGGAGUUCUUUGACUCGUUGAUGUCGGACUCUAUGCCUACACCUUACAUUCAAUAUCCAUUUCCUAGGAGGCACUCAAAAUCUAAUACUGAUUAGUACCCGUACUUGUGAAGGGUUCGGCAAUCUCCCAGUACCUCUCUGACUUAUCCUCGACCCUACCUCCCGUUAACGUUAUAACGAGAUUGUGAUUUCUCUGCGAUGGACGCAUUCACUGAUGAGCCUGUCGCUGCUGUCGGGCUUUUUUGUACAUCUUACGGUUGGUGCGCGUGCAGGAAUCGCAGCUGGACGUGGGAAUGGCCG